CACAUAUUGUGGGCACCUCUACUGAUUGUACAUGUUUGUGAAUUUCCUCUAUAUGCACUAUAUUGCCUUUACUACUUCUUAGUCCCAGAAGAGAAGGACUAUAUAUACGGGAACCUCGCUGUAUCCCUUGUAUUCACUCCUUACGGAAGCAUCAAGAUGAAGGGAUUAGUGAUCUGUCUGGUGGCUGCCGCCCUCUGCGUGGACUUGGCUCUGUCCAUGAAAUGUUAUCACUGCACGGAGGCGAGUGAACUCGGAAAAUGCAACGAGGUAAAGGAGUGUCCACAGGGGAAUAGCGCCUGCAAGACCACUAUAACCAAUGCAGAUGGAAAAUCAAAGAUCUCCAGAGACUGUGCAACCAACUGUCAAGACCCCGACCCUGCGGCUCAAUCCGGCAGCGGUUUCGUAUCCUGCUGCUCUUCUGACCUGUGCAACAGCCUUGGCAUCCGAUCACAGGCAGGCGGGCACAGUGGUGCUACCACUUCUUCCAGUAACUCCACCAGCUCCAGCAGCACCAACAUGUCUGGUGUUUCUGGCUCUACCAUUAGUAGUUCCUCUGGUAACUCCACCGGUAACUCCACAGCUGGUACUACCAGUUCCUCCACUAAUAACUCAACCAGUAGUGCCAGUUCUCCCAAUACUGUGACUGGUAUCACCAGCACAUCCAAUACCUCAACCAAUAGUGCCAGUUCUCCCAAUACUGUGACUGGUAUCACCAGCACAUCCAAUAACUCAACCAAUAGUGCCAGUUCUCCCAAUACUGUGACUGGUAUCACCAGCACAUCCAAUAACUCAACCAAUAGUGCCAGUUCUCCCAAUACUGUGACUGGUAUCACCGGUACCACCAAUAACUCAACCAGUGGUGCCAGUUCCCCCAGUACUGUGACUGGUAUCACCAGUACCAACAAUAACUCAACCAGUAAUGCCAGUUUCCCCAAUAAUGUGACUGGUACCACCAGUAGCAACAAUAACUCAACCAGUAACUCCAGUUCUCCCAAUACCGUGACUGGUAUCACCAGUGGCAACAUUAACUCAAGCAGUAACUUCAGUUCUCCCAAUACCAUGACUGGCACCACAGGCUUCACCAAUAACUCAACUGGUAACUCUAUUCUCCUCAGUGUCAUUACUGGCAAUACCAGCAACUCAACCGGCUCCUCCAGUGGUCUAGUAUCUGGCUCCAGCUCUUCCACUAGCAAUAAUAAUAGCAGUUCCACCUCAGGCUCGUCCUCCACCGCUACCGGUGGAUCAUCCACCCAUUCUCAUAGCUCACCACAUAUUAAAGAUCCCACAAUCAAGACAAUCAGAUAAUCUGGAAUGUCUUCCGAGGUGUAGACUGAAGCUCUUAGGCCAGGAUUAUAAAACCGCACUACUCAACCACCAAUGAUUUCUCCCUAUACGUCAGUGGUCUCCAACCUGUAGCUGACAAACAUAGAGCCACAGAUUGAAGACCACAGCUUUACAUAACCUUGAAGUAUCUAUUUAUGUAGUCGAUGACAUCACCGUAGUGCAAUGAGCCCAAUGAAGGUGAAGUCACCCAAGGUGCCAAUGUAACUUUUGCCAUUCUACACCAUUAAUCUUCCAUGAAACUCCUUAUAUUUUCACUCAAUCCUUUGUUUCAACUUAGUGAACAUAUUGACUGGCGUCUGUCCCUAGAUUGUAUGAAGGAUUUUAGAAUUCUACUUGGUGGGCCGUGUGGAGCUCUUGCUUGUUCGGAGCCUGUAGGAUGCCGUCCCGGUACCAUCUCUGGACAUGCUAGUCAAUGCCUACUGUACUUGUUGCCAUGUAAUAUGAUAUAUAUGACGCAUUAUUGCACUAUACUGAUAUUUACGGAUACAGUAAAUAGAAAUAUAUAUAUAAAUAUUGUAGUAUUUGUUUCAUUGUCUUAAAGCUGCUCGUCUGUUGCACGCAAUAAAUAUA